ACACUUUAAAUCUGUCCAUCGUUGCAGUAACUUCUUUGGCGAGUAUUCCUUCCGUGUUCCAGCGUAAACGUAUUACCAUGGCAGGAAAAGCAAGAGGAUAUGGACUCACAGCUGAGUUGCAACGAAAAAAAGACGCCAAGUAUGAUUUGGAUUUAGAGCAAGAGGCCCGACAGUGGAUUGAAGCUGUCUUGGGGAGAAAUGUCUUUGGUGAUAAAUGUGGAGCAGACCAUAUGCACGAAGUCUUGGGUGAUGGAAAAGUCCUUGUGGAACUAGCCAAUGCUCUAUGCACAGCAGACCCAAACAAUAGCUUAGGGCCUGGAAUCAAAGUAAACGACUCAAACUUGGCAUUUAAAAAGAUGGAAAAUAUAGGAAAUUACUUGAAAUUUUGUGAGGAAAAGCUGGGAGUAGCAAAAUUAGAUCAAUUCCAGACUGUGGACUUGUAUGAAAAGCAAAAUAUGAGUGCAGUCUUAGAUCAGAUUCAUGCAUGUGGACGCCGGGCUGGAACAAAAGGUUUGUCCGUACCAACGUUGGGACCCAAAGAGGCUACAGAAAACAAGCGUGAGUUCACAGAACAGCAGCUUAAGGAAGGACAGAAUGUGAUUGGGCUUCAGAUGGGAACCAACAAACUAGCUUCACAGGCAGGAGAACAUUUUGGCCGCCAAAGGCAGGUGGCAGGACACGACGCCUACAAUUGAUUUCUGACUAUAAAAGGAAGUUCUUUACUUGGAAUGAUGUGGCUUCGUAUUUUUUUUUCGCUCAUUGUGUAGCCAUGAAACUUGAUUUAAUCAUUCUUAGAUCCUAAAUAUUCAACUGCCAAAUGUUGUAUGGUGUUGCAUGUUGUUUACGAUAUAUUAGGUGAUUAUUAAAUUAUAAUUGAGUAUUUUCUUUGUCCAAACUUAAGAAAUACAUAUGUAUGUUAAGGCUGUAACACUGAGGUUGUGAUCAUCACACAUAGAUUGAGGUUUUCGGCAUGACACUUUGAUUGUUAAAAUUUAAUCACACUGUUGAUUUUUAAUAAAGAAUAGGUACAUGUAAAUUCAGUUAAAAUUACCACAGCUCAUAAUUUUAUGUCCUAGACAACCAUUUUAUGAGUUACAGCAUCAAUUGCAUUAGAACUGAAAUCAAAGUAAUGAAAGUCAAUAAAUAUAAUUUGGAGGACUUAACAAAUGUGAAUUAUGGUGAUCCUUUUAUUUCUACUGUUCUUGCCUUAAUUAUGCUAUAAUUAGACUGUCCACAUUAACACUGAUUCAAGGUUUUAGUGCAGAUUUUGAUUACAAUUCCAAUGCAUCAUUUAGUUGCUAUAAUGCAAUUGAAAGUCAUUUUAUUCAAACAUUAAUCUGCAUUGGAAAUUAUGUUUGAUUCAUUUUGUAUAUGCUGUAAGUUAACUGAGUUUCUGUUCUCCAGUGUAUGCAGCCUUUCGUAGUUUUCAUUAAUUGUAGUGUGGUGUUUUCUUUAAUAAAGAUAAAUGGGCAAUGACUGUCAA